UUUGUUUCUCCUUUGUGGGUCAGGUCUGGUAAGUUCGCGCUGUUUGUGGCCAUACUUCUGCACGUGCUUGGGCCCGGUGGUGGAUUUUCUUCUUGUGUGGUGUGGCCCUUAGCAUUAAGAUGAAUCAAGAUAGAUCCAAGUUAACGGCGGCUAAGCCUAAAAGAAGUCCAAAGGGGCCUCCCUUGGUUACUUCUAAUGUCCUCUUGUGUGCCGGAAGUUCCAAGCCCACUUCACUUUCACCAUCUCCAAAGAAGGACACUAGCAAACAUGAACCUUCUAGUUCUACUCCAAAGAAGGUUUUUCACCCAGUUAUUAAUUCCACAACCGUGGUUCGGCGUUCAGGUGAUCUCCAUAUUCCCGUCAAGCCCUAUAAUCCAUCUGUGGAGGAGGCGGCAAACCUGGGUAGCAACACGGCAUCGCUUUAUAAGCGUGCCAAUGCACCCCAUACUUCGCCAAAAACACGACGCGUCCGUUCCAGUGCUGCUGUGCGACGUACCUCUGCCUCGGCAAGGGCCGCUCAGCACGACACUCAAAGGCGCGAUGCCCAGGAUCAAACCAGGCCAGACCUCAUUGAAUUGGAAAGUGACGAGGGAGACCUUGACAGUGACUCGUCCCAUAUGGAAGGCUCGAGUGCUCCUCCUACUACACCACCAAACCAGCAUACUUCUAUACAAAAUGAAGUUGCGGAGCCUACUCCCUCACAGUCCGACUUGGAGAACCAGGCCUUGAAAUAACUUUCGCUGCGUAUUACCUGUGAUGAUAUACUGCGCUCUUCACCAUGGAUCUGUCUGCCGCUAUGUGUCCCCACACCAAUUUUGGAUUUAUAUCGAAUGAUGGCUAAAUGGCCAUUACUCAUGCUGCUUCUGGACGCAACGUGUGACCCAGAUUGUACACAUUACUGUCAUCUCGUCUGCAGUUUGGAAAUCAUCUUGGUGACCUGUUCCAAUCACCUAUUUUGUUAUAUGGCAGGGCUGCUGUCUUCCUGUUGGAUGUUGCUGCAACGCGGGACAAAUAUUGAUUUAUUGCGGAUAUAUUUAUCCCAACGAUACUUCUCAAACGCCUUGAUGCAGGAAAUUCGGACCCAACCUCGCUACAAAUAGACAAACAUUCAUACACCCGGAUCUCUCAUCCCUGUAACCAAUGUUCGCAAAAUUAUGGACACACGCGACCUCGGAAGGGACGCCCAUACUCCUUACGCUUGGUGUUACAUCCUCCUCCAUUAAUUCCUGACGUUCGCAAAUUUAUUAAUGCAUCAUGGUCCGGACAAUUCGUCGACAUUUCUGCUUCUCGUUAGUUAAAAAAAAAAACCUACAAAAUCGUUUCUUUUGGCACAUCAUCCCCGGACUUGGACAUCAUUCAGCCUCGGAACUUCUGCAGCACUAACUUAGAAUCUACUUUAAUUUAUAAACAUUGUUCCAUUGUCAUAGUCUAUAAGCCCACAUUUAUUGUUACUAGCAACGUAUACAUACAUAUUAUUUUGUUAAACUUACACCUCACACUUAAAAAAAAGCCUGAGCCACACGCAUUUCAAAAUAUUGUCUUAUAUAAUUUUCAAAAUGAAACAAUUUAAUUUUUCAUUUCAAUGUAAUAGCUUUUAUUUUUUACUUUAUAAACUACAUUUACUAUUCUUAAGUCCAAAAAUUUUGUCUUAUAUAUUUUGUUAAAAUUCUUUAAAAAUAUCACAUUUACUUAUCACACUAAAUUUAAAUAUUGCACAUCAUAUCACACAAAUUUAAUUAUUUUUUAUAUACUUUUAUACCACUAUUUGUGCAACAUUCACAAUUUAACUUGCAUUUGCUUACCACAUUAUACUUAUAUAUUGCACACCAUAUCACAUAAAUUUAAUUAUAUAUAUACCAUAUUAUACUACUU